UUCCCCGCUCCGCUGUGCUCGGCUGCGCCGCGCUCCUCCCGCCGUACCAUGGUUGGGGAUCACUGCAGCCUCCCCGGUGAACGGCCCGUCCUCGCCCCGAGUCCCAAACCCGGAUUAAGCUGCAAAAUGGUCCUGCAGGCGGUGGGCAAAGUGCUGCGGAAGUCCAAGGGAAAGCCAAAUGGUAAAAAGCCAGCACCGGAAGAGAAGAAACUUUACCUAGAGCCAGAGUACACAAAAUCCAGAAUCACUGACUUUGAAUUUAAAGAGCUAGUGAUGUUGCCACGAGAAAUAGACCUCAACGAGUGGCUAGCCAGCAACACAACAACUUUCUUUCAUCACAUCAACUUACAGUAUAGUACAAUCUCAGAAUUCUGUACGGGAGAGUCAUGUCAGACCAUGGCAGUGUGCAAUACACAGUACUACUGGUAUGAUGAGCGGGGAAAGAAGAUCAAGUGCACCGCUCCUCAGUACGUUGACUUCGUCAUGAGUUCAGUGCAGAAACUAGUGACAGAUGAGGACGUCUUUCCAACAAAAUACGGCAAGGAAUUCCCAAACUCGUUUGAGUCCCUAGUGAAGAAGAUCUGCAAGUACCUGUUCCAUGUGCUGGCCCAUAUCUACUCCUCACACUUUAAGGAGACUUUGGCACUGGAGCUGCACGGACACUUAAACACGCUCUACACACACUUUAUCCUAUUCAUCAGGGAGUUCAACCUCGUGGACCCUAAAGAGACCACCAUCAUGGAUGACCUCACAGAGGUCCUCUGCAGCAGCAGCGGCAGCAGCAGUAAUGGGAGCGGCAAUGGGAGCAGCAACAGCGCAGGAGCACAGAACCACGUGAAAGAGAGAUGAGCCCUCCCGCAGCAUCAAAACUAACAUUAAAAACAAUAUUAUAUAUUCUGUGUGUAUGCGUAUGUAUAUGUUCAGAUAUACAUACAGACAUAUACAGCUGAAAUGAAAGCUGAAAGCAAUUACGCUGCCACCACAGGACGUGUAGUCGAACGGGACUGUACGGAGCUUUGGUUUCAUGCGCCACCCGGCCAGAAGUUGCACCGAUUUUAUUUUAUUUGCUGUCCACUCCUCCUUUCACCUAUUCAGAGGGAUGAUGAGUGCUGUUUUUAGAGAAGAGCCAAGCUUGAGCGUGGGGCCACUCUUCGUUUUUUCGGUUGUUUUUUUUUUUUUGUUGGUUGGUUGGUUUUUUGUUUUUCUUUCUUUGGUCUUGAGUGCAAGCCCUUUGUCUUUCUAGGAUGGUGGUCCUGCCAUUUAAAAAAUAUCUAUUAUAAUAUAAGAAGUGACUUUUACUUUGAAGUGGCUUAAAAUGCAGGUUUGUUUGGGGGGGGUGGGGGUGCUUUUUUGGUUUGAUUUUUACAUAGACUGCCCCUUACCCUGCCAGAAACUCCCCCGUUGAGUGCAUCUUGCCCUUUGCUAGCUUGGAAUGGGAAGAAACUCCUGGCUUGACUAGAGUAGCAACUAGGGGUUUGCUAUGUGUUGAAAGCGGGCAUGAGUCUUCAGUUGUCCCGUCUACCCGGUCACAACAUGUCAACAUGCAAGAGGAUCCACAAGCCUUUCUGCUUAUUGCUCCUACAACAUAUAUACUCUUUUCUCUGCUCCCCUGCCUCCUCUUUUCCCAGGCACACCUCUACAAAUAAAAAGAGUAAGAUCACUGGAGUCCAAAACCCACAUGCAAGAGCCACCACCAUUUGCUUCCCAUUGAACAGAGGCCCGGGGAGGGGGGAGAAGGGUACGCCGAGUCAGUCACCGCCUGUGCUAGAAAGAUGGCUGUUGGCAUAAAAUUAUAUUGUUGGCUUAUUUUAGUUCAUCUGUUCUAUAAUAAUA